ACGCCAGGGGGACCGGCACCUGGCAUUUGUUCAGAGGCUGUUCCCUGCAGCCCGAGGCCGCUGCCGCCGGGCGACUCUGCCUGGGCUCCGGGAGCCGGGUCCCCGCCCGGCGCGAGGGCGCGAUGCGGCUGGGCUCCGGGACCUUCGCCGCAGGCUGCGUAGUGAUCGAGGUGCUCGGGGUCGCGCUCUUCCUUCGGGGGUUCUUCCCGCCUCCUGUGCGCUCCUCUGCCGGGACCGAGCACCUUGCGGAGCCCCCGGCGCCCGAGCCCUCGGCAGGAGCCACUUCCAAUUGGACCAGCCGCCCACCACCUCUCUUCAGUAAAGUUGUUGUUAUGCUGAUAGACGGCUUGAGAGACGAUUUUGUGUUUGGGUCAAAUGGGGUGAAGUUCAUGCCCUAUACAACUUACCUCGUGGAAAAAGGAGCGUCUCACAGUUUUGUGGCUGUAGCAAAGCCACCUACAGUUACUAUGCCUCGAAUCAAGGCCCUGGUGACGGGGAGCCUCCCCGGCUUCAUCGACGUCGUCAGGAACCUGAACUCCCCCGCGCUGCUGGACGACAACGUCAUCACGCAGGCCUGGGCCGCGGGGAGGAGGAUCAUCUUCUACGGGGAUGAGACGUGGGUGAAAUUAUUCCCAAGGCAUUUUGUGGAAUAUGAUGGAACCACCUCGUUUUUUGUGUCAGAUUACACAGAGGUGGAUGAUAACGUUACGAGGCAUUUGGAUAAAGUACUGAAACGAGAGGACUGGGACGUGUUGAUCCUCCACUACCUGGGGCUGGACCACAUCGGCCACGUGUCUGGGCCCCACAGCCCACUGAUCGGGCACAAGCUCAGCGAGAUGGACAGCGUCCUGAUGAGGGUCCACACGGCGCUGCUGUCCCAGGAGCGAGAGGCGUCUUCGCCCAGCCUGCUGGUCCUCUGCGGCGACCACGGCAUGGCCGCGCACGGGGGCCACGGGGCCUCCUCCACGGAGGAAGUGAACACGGCCCUGCUGCUGGCCAGCUCUGCGUUUGCGCGGCGGCCCGGUGACGUCAGACAGACACAGCACGUCCAACAGACCGACCUGGCUGCAACGCUCGCAAUAGGGCUUGGUCUGCCGAUCCCCAAACACAGCGUGGGCCACCUCCUGUUCCCCGUCGUGGCCGGAAGGGCAAUGCGAGAGCAGCUGAGGUUUUUACACCUGAACGCAGUGCAGCUCAGCAGGCUGUUGCGAGAGAACGUCCCUGCCUAUAAGAGAGAGCCUGGAUUUGAACAGUUUCAAAUGUCAGAAAGGCUGCAUGCAAACUGGGUCCGACGGUACCUGGAGGACAGCCACUCCGAAGCCCUUCUCAGCCUGGGGAGCAAGGUCCGCAGGCAGUACCUGGAGGCCCUGAGGACCCUGAGCCUGGCCCUGAGCGCGCAGGGGGCCCACUACGACAUCUACUCGAUGGUGGUGGGCGCCGUCGUGGCCCUGGAGGUCCUCGCCCUGCUCCUGCUCAGCGCCCCGCAGGCUCUGGGCGCCGCGGCCGAGCUGGACGUCCCUCUGCCGGCGCCGGUGUCGUCUCUGCUCUUCUAUGUGACUCUCCUGCUGCUCUGGGCCGUGCACGUCGCCGUGUGCACCUCGGCCGAGAGCUCCUGCUACUUCUGCAGCCUCGCGUGGCCGACCGCGGCGGCGGUGCUGGCGCUCGUCGCUGCCCUGCUCUGCGCCGUCGUGGCCGCCCUGACCCGGGCGCUCCUGGGUGCUCGGCUCCCGAGGAGGAACCCGGCUCACUGCAGCUCCAGGUGGUCGGAGCUGGACCUCCUCAUCCUGCUGGGGACGCUGGGCCACGCCGCGAGCCUGGGCGCGAGCAGCUUCAUCGAGGAGGAGCACCAGACCUGGUACUUCCUGGUCAGCACCCUGUGCCUGGCCUUGGGCCACGACUCCUGCAGAAACUGCUUCCCGGGGGACGGUGACGCGCCCCUGCAUUGCUCGCACACGGAGGAAGGGUUUGCCGGCGCGGUCCCCGCUCUGCGGAACAAGAACCGCCACUGUGACGUGCCGGAGGCGGGCCAAAGACACCGUGGACCCUCUUCCCUGGACGCGCUCCGAGGCCGCGAGAAGGGGAUGGUGCUGGCCAGCCCGUGGCUGGUGCUCGGCUGCUGCCGGCUGCUGCGGCCCCUGAACCAGACGGGGGUGCAGUGGGCCCACCGCCCCGACCUGGGGCACUGGCUGGCCAGCUCUGACCAUAAAGCCGAGCUGUCGGCGCUGGCUGCCCUGUGCCUCCUCGCGGUCUUCGCGCUGGCUCAACGGCGGUGCUCGCCCGUGUCGCGGGCGGCCUUGGCGCUCGGCCUGCUGGGCGUCUACUGCUACCGGGCGGCCACUGGCCACGUGCUGCUGCCCUGGCAGCGCGACAGCAAAGGCGUCUCCAAGGGCAUCAUUGAGGCUCGUUUCGUGUACAUGUUUGUCCUUGGCAUUCUGUUCACGGGCACCAAAGACUUGCUCAGAUCUCGUGUCCUGGCAGCGCAUCUCACACGCAAGCCCGUGGGUCUGUGGGACAUACACGGGGGCCUGGUGCUCCUGGCGGCGCUGCUCCUCAGGCCGCACAACCUCCCCGUCCUGGCGUGCAGCCUCUUGGUCCAGGCCGUGAUGGCCAGCUUCGUCUGGAGGCCCCUGAGGCACGAUGCCGCGGAGGUCACGGCCAUGCAUUACUGGUUGGGCCAAGCGUUCUUCUAUUUUCAGGGAAACUCCAACAACAUCGCCACGGUGGACGUUGCCGCAGGCUUCGUGGGCCUGAGCACCUACGUGGAGGUCCCCGCCAUGUUCCUGACAGCGUUUGCGACGUAUGCGGGGCCCGUGCUGUGGGCCAGCCACUUGGUGAACUUCCUGAGCUCAGACUCCAGCAGCGGCUCAGCCCUGAGACACGCCUGCUUCUGCUACGCGCUGAUCUGCUCCCUCCCGGUGUCUGCGUACGUCCUUCUGGUGACGUCCCUGCGUUACCACUUGUUCAUUUGGAGCGUGUUUUCUCCGAAACUUCUCUACGAGGGGAUGCACCUGCUCCUCACGGCUGCUGUCUGCGUGUCCUUCGUCGCCUCCGAUCGGGGCCACGCCAGGCCUUAGACGCUGGAAAACAAGAUACUUUCAAAGUCUACUAUUUACUCCAUGGAUUUGAUUAAUAAAAAUUUAAAUGCAAGAUCAUUCUAAAAAAAA